ACUCUCAGCAGCAAACGUCGGCCGAAGCCUUUCGUCCGGCCGAUCCUCAGCUUUCACGCCAUUUCCAAUCCUCCGCCGUCUGUUUCCGGCAAAACCAGGAAGAAACGGUAGACUCUCUGCGGAAUCUCCGAUGGCGGUUCGAGCCACGGUGUCCAGGUUCCCGAUCGACUCGGACGCGCAGGAGAAUUCGGGCAUACCGUGGGGGAUCACCGUGACGCCGUUCGCCUCCAAGGAUGAGACCGGCAGGGCGCCGGCGUACGGAUCGGACGGUAACCUGCUGCCCCGCUGCGAGAACUGCUGGGCCUACUUCAACACCUAUUGCGAGCUCGACCAGUGGGCGUGGACAUGUUCCCUCUGCGGCACUCUCAACGGUCUCUCCUCCCAGGCCAUCGCUCGCUACUCCCUCCCGCAGUCGUGCCCCGAGAUGAUGUCCUCGUUCAUUGAUCUCGAGCUGCCUGCUGAAGGAUCAGAAGAGGCAAUUCAAGCUCGACCAGUCUAUGUUGCCGCUAUUGAUUUGUCUUCUUCAGAGGAGUUUUUGGAACUGACUAAGAGUGCCCUGCUAGCAGCUCUCGAAGCUCUUGGUCCUGGUUCACUUUUUGGCCUUGCUACCUUCAGCCACAAGAUUGGCCUUUACGAUGUUCAAGGCCCCGUGCCGGUGGUGAAAAAUGUUUUCAUUCCUCCAGAAACUGACGGUACUCUAACUAUGGAGCUUGAAGAUGUCAUGCCAUUGUUACAGUUCCUAGCGCCAGUGGACACCUGUAAGGACAGAAUUGCAUCUGCACUAGAAAUGUUAAGGCCGACUACUUCUUGGGAAAGGCCUCCAGGAGGUGGUCAAGCAAUUGAUGGUGUUUUGAUGGGUGGGCGUGGUUUUGGGGUGGCAAUGGAAUCUCUUUUCAACUAUCUUGGUUCAGAGUAUGGGAAUACAUUUGCAUUAGCCAGAGUCUUUGCCUUUCUAUCUGGUCCUCCUGAUUUUGGAGCUGGGCAGCUUGAUACAAGACGGUAUGGUGAGCAAUAUGCCAGUAAAGGAGAGGAUGCAGACCGUGCUUUACUCCCUGAGCAGACACCAUUUUACAAAGAGCUGGCUGCUGUUGCUGUUCAAGCAGGUGUUUGUGUAGACAUAUUUGCUGUGACAAAUGAAUAUACAGAUUUGGCGUCCUUAAAAUUUCUUAGCAUUGAUAGCGGAGGAUCUCUUUUCCUAUAUUCAAACACUGAUGAUUCGACACUACCUCAAGACAUGUAUCGGAUGCUGAGUAGACCAUAUGCUUUUGGUUGCAUUUUGCGUUUGAGAACAUCUUCAGAAUUUAAACCUGGCCACUCUUUUGGUCAUUUCUUUCCUGAUCCGCAGUAUGAAAAUGUCCAGCACAUCAUAUGUUGCGAUUCUUAUGCCACAUAUGCUUACGACUUUGAUUUUGCCAACAAUGUGGGUUUUUCCAGACACACAUCAGAGCCUCCAGUUCUACAGAUUGCCUUUCAGUAUACGGUCGUUGUUCCUCAUGAAGAACUUUCAGAGCAGGGAAAGAUUUCUGACAAUAGGUCCAUGUACUUCCUCAAGAGACGCCUAAGGAUACGGACUAUCCAAUAUACUGCUUCUCAAAAUAUCAACGAGCUUUAUGAUAGUGUGGAUCCAGAAGUGGUUUUAUGCCUACUUGUUCACAAGGUCAUACAAGCAUCUUUGGAGGAAGGGGUUCGAGAAGGGAGGAUGCUGCUACAUGAUUGGCUAGUUAUCCUCACGGCCCAAUACAAUGACGCGUACAACCUUGUCCAGUAUAAGAAUGGAAAUGCAUUAACUACUCAGGUUGAUGUUGCAUUCUCGCAAUGUCCUCAACUGCAACCUUUACCUCGCCUAGUUUUCGCUCUGCUCCGAAACCCUCUUCUCCGCUUCCACGAGGAAGGAGUUCACCCCGAUUGCAGGAUCUACCUGCAAUGCCUUUUCAGCGCACUGGAGCCAAGUUCUCUUCAUUGUGCUGUUUACCCAGUACUUACAUCGUACUCCACUCCCGACACACUAGCAUAUCCUCGUCACUCGUUGAGUCGUGCCGCAUUAAUUACCAGCGGAAGCCCAAUAUAUUUCCUUGACGCAUUCACGACACUAAUAGUAUUCUACUCUUCAACCGCGGACCCCUCACUUCCUUUUCCUCCGCCUCAUGAUUGUUUAUUGAGGACUACUAUCAACAAACUGAAGCAGGAAAGAAGCAUCACUCCUAAACUUAUGUUCAUUCAGGGAGGGCAAGACGAUGCUACGGCUUUCGAGAACUACCUAAUUGAGGAACAGGAUGUUGAUGGAAGUGGCUUCACCAGUGUCAUGGGCUUCGUUUCCUUCCUCGAAGAAGUCACACAGAGUGUAUUGGAGUACAUGAAAUAGAUGGACAUUGCCAGAGAACGAAUUUUUCUAGGUGUAUCUAUGAAGUUUCAAAAGACGCAAAUCCAAAUCAAAGAAGGGCAAAAGCGCGUGUAGUGGCUUGAUGCCGUGCCACAGCUCAGUGAUUCAUUUUGAUCAGGAUUCGCGUGGGCUGCUGUUGUCUUGAAACUCAGAGGCUCCUUUUAUGGGGAUAUAUAUACUGAUAGUUCAAAACUACAGCGGGCGGGAUGAAACUUAGCCAUUUUUGUACGAGACAUCGCCUCUGUAUUUGUACGAGGAAUUUUCACUUUAAUUGUAUGAGGACAAGAUUCGCCAGGACUUUAUCAAACAACCACAGUCGCUUUCUAA